AUGUUCUACGGCUCCUCCUCGGCCAGUAUGUCACUGCCAUCCAAGAACCGGCUGAAGCGCCAGAGCCGCACUUUCACACAGGUUCUAUACCGGACUCUCAGUUACCGGGACAGGCGUUCUGUCACUGACCUCGCCGAGCAGAUCAGAGACGACCCAGCUGAACUCUCCACCCAGACCUCGGCACCGGGCGUGCUGAAGAUCUUCGGCGACGAGAUCAGCGCAGGGGCGAAUUACAAGAGCGUUUUAGCCACACCGAGGUCGAGCGCUCAGGAGCUCAUUAAAGAGGCGCUGGAGCGCUAUUCGCUCAACAAAGCCUCCGCCUGCAGCUAUGUGCUUUGUGAUGUCAUCGGGCGCUUCGAGGGGGCGGAGCGUCUGUGGAGGACAGAAUGCCUGCGGGCGCUAGGCAGCAAUGAGAAGCCCCUCCUCCUGCAGGACCUUUGGAAGCCCAAAGAAGGAUAUUCCCGCCGUUUUGAGCUGAGACGCAGGGCCGAGGUCGAGGAGCUGGCGGCUAAAGAGAAGGACACGGUUACUGCAGGGCCACACACAAACUCCCCUCUCCUAGCUUCCUCCCUCAGCAGAACUGGGCAUGGUAGGUGCCAUCGGAGUUCCCCUCGCGGUUGGCGCAUGGUACAGCCCAACACUGCGAGCGUUAAAGGUGGGGGACAAAACUCAGAUAUCAACGCUCAGGCGAGGAAGUUGCAGCGUAACCGUGCUAAAGGGACGAUGACACUGCAACACAACUCGUCUUUCUGCCGCAGUUUGAGCGAGACCAGUCUGGACCUGGUGGGUCGGCCCGGAGACGAGCCCAAACGGUAUUACUCCACCCUACCCGGACCCGUCAGAGCACGCUCUGCCCGCGAUCCCACCACAUCACGGGAACUCAUGACAACAGGACAUAAGGAGCGGGACGGAGGCGGAGUCAAACACUCUCUCUACCAAUCACCACAUCUGCUGCUCCUGCAAGGGUAUAACAGACAGGACUGCCUGGUGUACCUGUUGAACAGAGAGCAGCACACUGUCGGCCAGGAGACGGCCUCCGCGCGUCCCAACAUCUGUCUGUCCUCGCCCGACAUUCUUCCUCUUCACUGUCGCAUCCGCCGCGCCCAACCUCGCCGCUCCUCCUCCUCCAGCCCCGAUCACCACCUGCUUCUGGAACCCGUCGCCCACGGCAACGUACUCGUCAACUUCUCCCGCGUCGAGCGUCCCACGCCGUUACGUCACGGCGACUUGCUGUCGUUUGGAGCUCAUUACAUUUUCCUAUACAAGGACCCCCAGAGCGCCAAACCGCUGCCAGCCCAAACCCUCACCCGCCUGCGUGCCCUGGCACAGCUGUGCGACGGAGAGCCUGGGAGCGGACCCGAAAAGGGGGAGGCGUGUCGGAUGUGCGGCGCCGCCCUGCGCGAGCCGGGUUCGUCCCGCCGCGGCGCCAACGCCCCGUCCCGCGGCUCGCAGAAACGGAAGCUGGCGCUGGAAUUCGAGAAGGCUCAGGAGGAUGCGCUGGUGAACAGGGUGCUGACCCUGAUCGAGCCGAGCGGAGACGACCAUAAGCUGACCCCGGCGUACCUGCUCUGCCUCUGCAUCCGCCACUCCGCCAACACGUUCCCGCCCGGCAGCUUCGGAAAACUCCUUCUGAAAAUCGCCAAGAGGAUUCAGACCAUAGCAUGGGAGAAGACAAAGGAGCUGGCACAGAAGCAAGCUCAGCACCAAGACCCUGCCUCCUUGUCUCUGCUCAGUAUUUCUGAUUUGGUGCCAGAUCUUCAGUUCAUUUUCUUCUGGAUGUCAAAUGCCAUCGAGAUCCUUUAUUUCAUUCAGCAGAAAUCACCCACAUACAUGCAGAGCAUAGAGCAGAUGGAUAGCAAAGGUUCUAAAGAGUCGCUACUGUCAGCAACAAUAUCAGCCAGUGAAGAGGCUAUGACCAUUCUGGAGGAAGUUAUCAUGUACACCUUUCAGCAGUGCGUCUACUACAUCACCAAGUCUCUGUAUGUGGUUCUGCCGGGGCUGUUGGAAUGCAACCCGUUUGGUGUAGAUCAGGCUGACCCUUGCAGACGGGGUCAGGGUGGAGUGUCUGGGGUUCCGGAGCCUGUUCGGAGAGUUCUAAAUGUGUUCCAGACCACAGCAGAACUGCUCCAGCAGUACCAGGUUCACCACGAAGUCCAAAGUCAGAUGUUUGCUUACCUCUUCUUCUUCUCCAAUGUCUCACUGUUUAACCAGCUGAUGGACAAAGGUCCCUCGAGGGGUUGGUUUCAGCGUUCUCGGGCCCUGCAGAUCCAGGCGUGUGUAAGGAUGCUUUUGGAAUGGGCACGAGGGGCAGGGCAGAACCACCUUGCCCAAAAAUUCUUUGCCAAAUUCUGCAGUGCUGUUGCGAUCCUGGCUGCACCUGCUCAGCAGCUCUCACAGAUGAGCUGGAAGGUUCUGUGUGCAGAACACCCCACUCUGAAACCAGUUCAACUGCACAGAAUUCUCGCCCAGUACCAGCUGACCACUGACUUGGGCCCUAUGCCAAUCUGGCAACCCUGCAGCGAGGAUGAACCCUACAUUUACAGAACAGUGGAUCUGUUGGAGAGUUUUGAGAAUCACCCGCCCAUUGUGCUGCCCAGUGCUGGGUUCAAGGUGGACCUGGAGGGUGAGUGUGUGGAGGACAGUAUCUAUCGUCAGCUGCUCUACGUGCGUCAUUUCCUGUGGGGACUCAGAACUAAAACACAAUCGACCAAUGGCAGCAAAGACUGGCAGGAAGUCCAGAGAGACCUCCCUCACGGCCACUGCAGUCCACGGCCGGUGCCUCCUCCUCCUCGUGGGGAGGGCGAGGGGGAGGUCAGGGGGUCAGGAGGAGGAACAGGGAACAGAGGAGAGGGAGCAGGUGCCGAAGACAGACCCAGCGACAAACAGCAUCUGGGGAAUCACCACAGAAACGGAACAGGCACUCGACACGGCAACCAGAGCCAGCCGGAUUCCUCCUGUCUCCUCACCCCUCCUAACACGCCACUCUAUCCUGACAGCGUCCCUCAGGAACACACAGUCUCUCACACGCAGCCAAACGGCUGCUCUCGUUCCACACCAGAGCACAAGAAAAUCAACGGCUUCAUCAGCAAUGGAAUAGAAGGCCCUAUGAGUGGGUGUGGCUUCCCCUUCCCUGUCCCUGUUUCCUAUGGUAACUGCCCAGCCUCUGAUGAUAUCUGUUCCGUAUUUGUAGUGGACUUGGAUAAGGGGCCAUUCGGCCUGGGAAUGGGACUCAUCGACGGAUUGCACACGCCUCUGAAUGCCCCUGGGAUUUAUAUCCGGACACUCAUUCCCGACGGUCCGGCUGCCUCUGAUGGACGCCUGCGGAUUGGAGACAGAAUUCUGGCCGUUAACGGAACCAGCCUCAUCGGCGCUGACUACCAGAGUGCAGUGGAUCUGAUUCGGUUAGGAGGUGGCCGACUCCGCUUUCUCGUCGCCAAGUCGGAUCUGGAAGUGUCUGAAAAGAUCAGUGCCUCUUCCUGCUGA